GCGCUCGAUAUAUCGAUAUAUCUCGAAGUCGUUCGAGUAACAGUGUAUAAAACAUCUGAGACGUCCAAUUCUAACUUGCACGUUCAUUGUUCCGUUCGGUUCUCCAUUGCUCGGUCGUUCCGUGCUCGUGCCACCAUGGGGCGACGACCAGCAAGAUGCUAUCGGUAUUGCAAAAAUAAGCCUUACCCUAAAUCACGGUUUUGCCGUGGUGUGCCUGAUCCGAAGAUUCGAAUUUUCGACCUGGGAAGAAAAAAGGCUAGAGUGGAAGAUUUUCCUCUCUGCGUUCAUCUGGUAUCUGAUGAAUAUGAACAGCUGUCGUCGGAGGCUCUGGAAGCUGGAAGAAUUUGCGCCAAUAAGUACAUGGUUAAGAAUUGCGGUAAGGAUCAGUUUCACAUCCGUAUGAGACUGCAUCCUUUCCAUGUCAUCCGAAUCAAUAAAAUGUUAUCAUGUGCCGGGGCUGAUAGGCUCCAGACAGGAAUGAGAGGAGCUUUUGGAAAGCCUCAAGGGACAGUGGCACGUGUUAGAAUUGGCCAGCCUAUCAUGAGUGUGCGAACUAGUGACCGCCACCGAGCAGCUGUUAUUGAAGCUCUGCGACGUGCCAAAUUCAAAUUCCCUGGACGACAGAAGAUUUAUGUGUCUAAGAAGUGGGGUUUCACCAAGUAUGAUAGAGAAGUUUAUGAGAAUCUGAGAGAUGAAGGGCGACUAGCUAGUGAUGGUUGCAAUGUCAAGUACCGCCCAGAACAUGGUCCCCUUGAUGCUUGGAAGAAGGUCCAACUUGAAUUGGCCCAGGUGGCUUAACAUUGUUUCAGAAUUGGUUCAAUAAAUGAUUUUUGAGAUCAGUA